CGCAGCACGAGGCUGGAUGCGCUAUCCUCGAGGUCGCUGUUCUGGUGGCGGACUUGGUUUGCUUGGAUUGCAGGACAUGGCUUCGAGAUGGUCGAGCAAGUCUCGACGCGGUGCUGGUGAAUGCCAUGAGCGAGACGUGAAUCAGUCUGACGUACGCUUGACUCUCACUUUCACAGCAGCACAGGCAGUCUUCCUCUUACCACAAUGACACCAACAAUCAACAAUCCCACGACAGCAGCAUGUCGCUCAAGAACCACCACCUCCCGCCGCGAGUCCGCGUCAUCCUCGAGCGGCAAGAGAAACUCGACCAGAUCCUCGCCUACCUCGACGGCACGCAGUCGACCUUCCUCACCGACAAGGAGCUGCAGGCCCACGACAUCGAGGUCGCCUCGCUGGAUUUCCUCUCGGGGGAGUCCUCCUCCCCCUUCACCGUCCCGUACUUCUUGCCCACGCAGGAUACCGCUGUUUCGAGGCCGCCGAUGCCGUGGAGGACGACUGGCCGGCGGUUUUGGCUAAUACGCUGGAACCUCAUUUGGACCGCUUGCAGGAUCGGUAUGACUGGGAUAUACUGUAAGUGUGGGCUCGGGAGACGCGUCACGCAUGGAAGGCACGGAACUGGUGUUUGUAGGUAUACCUCCACCCAGGGGAUGGGCCGGCAGCGUUCCCUCGCUUCCUGCUUCGAGACAUAUGCGACGCUGCAGAUCAGGAAUAGCCGGCAGUCCCAUCGGACGCUGACGAUGGUGAUGACCCCGUGCCGGUCAGAAGAGGAGAUGGACCGGCUGGGGAAGGAGUACAAAGACGAUUGUCGCCCGUCGGUGGCUGAGCUGAUCGUCCUGACGAGUUGGAUGCGUGGGGGGAUGGCGACUCAGCGAACACGCGCAACGAAGGCCUGCCACAAGCGCCAUUGGGCUUUGGCCUUUCACGUCGUCGUUCCGACCCUAGUCAUCUCCUUCAUCCGACCCGCUCGAGUCCGCGUCCUCCACGCAUACUUCGACAACACCCUCAAGGUCCAGGCCACCGAACCUUUCGACUUCGAUGCCCCGAACUACCCGGAUCUGAUGGAAUCGUUGGUCCGAUGGGCCUACCCGACCGUCCACGGCGACACCCGACUCUCGGGGUCCCUUCCGUCCAUCUCCGAAGACGACGAGGAUGACGAUCCGGCAGGUCAGGAACUGGCUGGAACAUUGGGCAUCACUUGAGGGAUGGGAUACCAUCUACACCUCCAUCUAUACUACCG